UUGGCCACUCCCGCCGUGCAAGAGUCGGGCAUCAUCCCCAAGAAGCGGCAAGAAAUUAUGAAAUGGAAUGGAUGGGGAUAUAAUGAUUCCAAAUUCUUCUUCAAUAAAAAGGGGCAAGCUGAAUUGACUGGGAAAAGGUAUCCUCUUAGUGGCAUGGUUUUACCAACUCUUAGAGAAUGGAUCCAAAAUACCCUUGGAGUAACUCUGGAGCAUAAAACUACCUCUAAAGCAUCUUUAAAUCCUAGUGAUACACCUCCUUCUAUUGUAAAUGAAGAUUUUCUUCAUGAACUUAAAGAAACCAAUAUUUCAUAUUCACAGGAAGCAGAAGAUCGAGUAUUUAGAGCUCAUGGUCAUUGUCUUCAUGAGAUAUUUUUGCUCAGGGAAGGAAUGUUUCAGCGAAUUCCUGAUAUAGUUUUAUGGCCAACAUGUCAUGAUGAUGUAGUUAAGAUUGUGAAUCUAGCAUGCAAAUAUAACCUUUGUAUCAUACCAAUUGGUGGAGGAACAAGUGUUUCAUAUGGCCUGAUGUGUCCUGCAGAUGAGACACGAACAAUUAUUUCUUUGGACACUUCACAAAUGAAUCGAAUCCUUUGGGUUGAUGAGAACAACCUGACAGCUCAUGUAGAGGCUGGCAUAACAGGACAAGAGUUGGAAAGACAGCUUAAGGAAAGUGGUUAUUGUACAGGUCACGAACCAGAUUCUCUGGAAUUUAGCACUGUGGGAGGAUGGAUUUCAACUCGGGCAUCAGGCAUGAAGAAGAAUAUCUAUGGCAACAUUGAGGACCUGGUGGUUCAUAUAAAAAUGGUAACACCUAGAGGUACAAUAGAAAAAAGCUGUCAAGGACCUCGUAUGUCAACAGGCCCUGAUAUCCAUCACUUCAUCAUGGGAUCUGAAGGAACUCUUGGUGUAAUAACAGAAGCUACAAUAAAAAUCAGACCAGUCCCAGAAUACCAAAAGUAUGGCUCAGUAGCUUUCCCUAAUUUUGAACAAGGAGUAGCCUGUUUAAGAGAAAUUGCAAAACAGAGAUGUGCUCCUGCAUCUAUUCGCCUCAUGGACAACCAGCAGUUUCAGUUUGGUCAUGCUCUUAAACCUCAGGUUUCCUCUAUUUUUACAUCUUUUUUGGAUGGAUUAAAAAAGUUUUAUAUCACAAAGUUUAAAGGAUUCGAUCCAAAUCAGCUAAGUGUAGCCACAUUAUUGUUUGAGGGGGACCGUGAGAAAGUUCUUCAACAUGAAAAACAAGUAUAUGAUAUUGCUGCAAAAUUUGGUGGGCUGGCUGCCGGAGAAGAUAAUGGACAGAGAGGUUAUUUACUCACCUAUGUCAUUGCGUACAUUCGAGACUUGGGUUUGGAAUACUAUGUAUUAGGAGAAUCUUUUGAGACUUCUGCUCCUUGGGACAGGGUUAUAGAUCUCUGCAGAAAUGUCAAAGAAAGAAUAGUAAGGGAAUGCAAAGAGAGGGGUGUUCAAUUUGCUCCUCUUUCCACAUGCAGGGUGACUCAAAUAUACGAUGCAGGUGCAUGUAUCUACUUCUAUUUUGCCUUUAACUACAGGGGAAUUAGUGACCCACUGUCCGUGUUUGAACAAACUGAGGCAGCUGCUAGAGACGAAAUCCUUGCUAACGGAGGGAGCCUCUCACAUCAUCAUGGAGUGGGCAAAUUACGGAAGCAGUGGCUAAAGGAAAGUAUCUCUGACGUCGGCUUUGGGAUGCUGAAGUCUGUCAAGGAGUACGUGGACCCCAAUAACAUCUUUGGAAACAGAAACCUUUUAUAAAUCCUUUAGAAUCAUUAUGGAAAAUGUCACUUUUUUGUUUUUUAAAGUCUUCAACUAUGGUUAUACCAGUAAUCAAAUAUAUCAUGGAC